AGGGAAAUCGUAUUUCCCGUCCUUUCGAUCAAAGGAGGAUGAUAGUGUAGAUAAUUUGUUAUUUUCAGGUCGCCCACCGUAGCGAAAUUGUUGAAUGGGACAUAAGUAACAAUGAGUGGAAAUGUCGGCGAUCUCAGUCAGAAACAGAAGGACAUUUUGGAAAAGUUCAAGAACAAGGUGAAGGACAUAUUAAAACCAGAGCAUGAUGAUUAUUACAUACUCCGGUGGCUGAGAGCCAGGAAUUUUGAUUUGAAGAAGUCUGAAACAAUGCUUAGAAAUGAUUAUUCUUGGAGGAAACAUAUAGGGGCGGAUACAAUACGUGAAGACUACAAGGUGCCGGAGGUUUUACAGAAGUACUACAUCGGGGGCUUCUGUGGCCAUGACAACGAGGGGUGCCCUGUGUGGUACGAGCCAUUUGGUUACAUUGAUUUGAAAGGUGUUCUGCAGUCGGUGAAGAAGAUGGACAUCAUUAAGAUGAAGGUUCUGCAGAUGGAGAAGAUUUACCACCUUUUCAGGACCGCAGAAGAGAAGAAGGGUCACAAGGCUGCUCAAAUCAUCAUAGUGUUUGACCUGGACAAGUUCAGCAUGAAGCACCUCUGGAAACCAGGGGUGGAUGUGAUGUGUGAGCUCAUCACCAUGUUUGAGGACCACUACCCAGAGACCCUGAAGUCAUCCUUCGUUAUCAAUGCUCCUCGUAUAUUUCCCAUCGCCUACAAUCUGUUUCGACCUUUCCUGAGUGAAGAAACCGUGAAGAAAGUCCAGAUUCUUGGAUCCAACUACAAAGAGGUGCUGACAAGCCACAUCCCCCCUCAGGAGCUGCCCACCUACUACGGGGGAACCAAGACUGACCCUGACGGAAACCCCAAAUGUAUGAUCCAGAUCUGUUUUGGUGGUGAAGUCCCAGAGUCCUACUACAUCCAGCAGAUCGCUAACCUGGCCGGCUUCACCGAGUCCACCAUCGGCCGAGGGUCAUCCCUACAGGUGGAUUACGAAAUAAAAGUAAAGAAUAGUGCCAUCAGGUGGCAGUUUAAGACAGACGGGUUUGACAUCGGAUUUGGAGUUUAUCGUCGUACAAAGGACGGUCGCCAGAAGGCUGGUGAGAUGGAAGCUGUGAUGGCGACAAUGAGGGUCAACAGUCACCUGGUGCCUGAAGAUGGCAGUCUCACUUGCAAGGAGACAGGCACAUAUGUGGUUCGAUUUGACAACACAUACAGCUGGGCCCGGGGGAAGAAGAUCUUCUAUCAGAUCGAAGUCCUGGAGCCCGACGUGACAGACCUGCAGAUGCCCAGAUCUCCAUCACCAGGCAGUGACAACUCAUUCUACGACACAUACAGCAGCUAACCUUCACAGUGGUAAUACUACACAACUAUAACACCUCUGUGGACUGAUGACAUGACUUCAUUAACAAUACUGGCCCAGUCUCCUAAGGUGGCGCAAUUCGCUGUACAGAGUUGUGUCCCUUGGGCAUGCCAGAAACCUGUGAUUAUGAGUUUGAAUCCAGGUUUGUCUCAUUCUUGUUUCUAGGUUUGUCAGCACCAUACCCCUGUUCAUGGGUUUCACCAAAGUGGUAAACGUCUGAGAUCUGCUCACUUCUGACUUUACUCCCACAUAAAGCUGACACGCUGUCAUAUAACUGGAAUACUGUUAAAAGCGACGUUAAACCCAACUCACUCACUCACUCAUGUACAAUGCAGUGAUGUUGUAAAAUGAAUGAUAGGCAGAUUCAGGUGGAAAUUAUGGUUAGGUCUGUGAAUUAAUUUUCCUUCCCCCCAAUCAUUUCAAUUGAAACCAUCCUUUAAAACUUCUUGGAUGUUUCUGUGGAAAAUACCUUGUUUUUUGAGUGAAUGAGAAAUUUUGAACUUGUGACAACAUGAACACCACAUGAAAACAUUUCUUGUUUCUCAGUGAAAAAACAUGGUAUUUCUAUGUUGUCAUUACCAUGCUUACAGUAACGUUGCUUUUUCUGUGUAAAGGGUGUAAAUAGUAAACUAUUCUAUUGUGGUAGCACGACAAUGUGCCUCGACUAUAAAAAACACGGCUCAAUUCUUAUUAACAGUACAAGACUCUUAAGUCAUGAGUAAAAUGCUCUCAUACCUUAAAAUACAUACCAUGGCAGGCUCGUGUUUCUGUCAGGGGUAGUAGGAGAGACUUGUUAUCAAUGACACAAGAUGACUUUAUUUUAGAAAA